CGACGACUCCAUAAAUUCCGACGAAUUUCAAAUCGAUUUUCUCAAAACUUUUCGACCUUCCUUUCAGAAACAACAAUGGAGAAUUCGCAUAUCGGCGCCCUAAAUCCCUUGCAAAACCCUUUCCCUUUCCCUCCUCAUCGCCAACGACCCCUAAUGAGCCAAACCUACACUACACUCCUUCAGAUUCUAUCCUAUAAUUGCCCCACCACCGACUCUACUACUGAGAUACAAAAACCAGAUGUUUGUAUAGAUGACAAUGGCAGUAAAUUGGGAAAAGAGAAUGAAGUCGAAGAAUUGGUUGAUCAUCAUCUCAUCAGGUCUGAUAAUUUGUUAGUUAAUGGUCCUGCUCAUAAGGAGUCUGACAAUCUGGUAGUGCAACAGGGUUCGGAUGAUGGAAAUGAAGGGAGCUCUCGUUCUGGAUACAGAGAUUUUACCAGUGCACCAAUGGAAGUAGAUUUAGAUCUCUCAAAUCGUACAAGUGAUGCAAUACAAGGCGACAGAGGCCAUGCUAGAACAAAUGAUAUUGAUGAUAUGAAUCGUUUGGUAGACAAAACUCAUAGUUUUAACGAUCAAAUGGUCGAGGAACCUGGGAAUAGGUGUAGCACUCAUGAAUCGGAAGUGAAGGAGUCUGAUCCUGUCGGACCGGUAGAAUUAGAACUCAGCAUUGAUGAUGUCUGUGCAGCUAUAGAGUCAUGUUUUGGUGCGGAUACAGUUGCUGAGUUGUCACAACCUGCAGAGGUUUCUGGAGAGGAAAUCCCUGUUCCUGAGACACAUUUGACGGAAGAAAUGGAGCAUGGCUUGCGUCUAAAAGAGAUGGAAUUGGAAACUUUGAUAUCUUCUGCUGGAGCAACAGAUUUGUCCGUCCAUGUUCCCAUGGGUGAAGAAAUAGAGGAAGGGGAAGUUUCUGUGGAUUUUAUGGUUUUUGAUGAAUCAGAUUAUGACAUAGUUAAUGAUGUUCGGGAUGAGAAGAAGGUUGAAGCAGAGAAGUAUCCUGCUGACAUUGUUGAGCGAGAAGAUUUUGCUUUUGAUGCUCGCGAUAAUCCACCACAAAAAAGGGAGGCAUAUGCCUCUUCAUCCAUUGAUGCAGUUGAUGAGGAUUACACCUCUUUGGGGGGAAAAUUCAUAAGAAAAUUUGGAGAAGAGACGAAAGAAUAUGUUGAAAAAGUUUUUUGCUCAAAGGAUGUUGAGACCAGAAAGGUCUGUGUGUAUGACAGCAUUUUGGAUAGUGGGAAUGUUGCUAAACAAGUUGGUGGAGACAUGAAGUUAGAUCAUCCUGCUGGUUUCCAAUUUGGCGCAACCUCCGCAGAAAAGGCAAAAGAAAACAAACACUUAAUAGAUGCUGCAGAGGAUGCUGAUAUCGGUAAAAAGAAAAAGAAGAGAGGUCCUUUAACCAAGGAAAAGAGAGCAAAGAAAAAGGCCAAAGAAAGAAUUAAACGAGCUGAAAAGAACAGGAAGCUUGGAGUUAAAAGGCUGAAGCUUCCACCAGUGGUGAAACCAAAAGUUGUGACAUAUUGCCGCCAUUAUCUCAAAGGAAGAUGCUCAGAGGGUGAGAAGUGCAAAUUCUCUCAUGAUACCACCCCCUUGACAAAGUCAAAGCCAUGUUGUCAUUUUGCACGUCAGUCUUGCAUGAAAGGUGAUGAUUGCCCAUUUGAUCAUCAACUCUCCAAGUAUCCGUGCAAUAACUAUGCAUCCAACGGGUUUUGCAGCAGAGGUGCUGAUUGUUUAUUUUCACAUGAGAUAACUGAUAAGAUAGCAGCAGUGACAAGUCCUACUGCUUCAAACCUUGAGCUGAUGUCACCAUCAGCUCCAAGUAACUCGAACUCUUUGAUGCAAAUAAACACAUAUGGGGUAGCACAUAAAGACGUUAACUCCUCAUCUGGUUCAGCUGGGCUUGUUCCUGGUAAGCGCGCUGAGCGGGCUGUAUUAGAGCCUGUGCAAAAGCCAGCUGCACGUACACCUAAAGGUGUAAUGUUCUUAUCUCAUGGCAAGUCUUUGCAAGGUGAUGCCAGAAAGCAUGAAAAGGCUGGGUUAUCUUCCAAGGCAGAUGAUGUUGGAAAACUUAGCUGUCAAAUGAUUCAUAGUAAGUCAAAUAAUGUUCAGAAGCCAAAUGGGUUAAUUAAAGGAGUUUCCACGAGGACACCACAAGGAAUAAACUUCCUGUCCUUUGGUCAAGCACCUUCAGCUGAGCCCAGUGGCGACACAUAUUCAGGCUUGUUUAAUAUGGAUUAUGGAGUUAAGAAGUUGCUGCCUGGUGGCAUGAACAAUAGUAAAGAAGCUGCAACAUGUGCCAAGAGGGAUGGCAGUGUCAAGGACGAUAAUCAAGCCAACCUAAGUGCGUCGUUAUGGAGCAUGAAUCAAAUGUCGACUAGAACUCCCCAUGCUUCUGCACCUCGGGGUAUAAGCUUCCUCUCAGCGGAGAAAGCAGCACAAGACAGCUCGCGUCCUAAUGAGUUCAACCGUGCUUCAUCGCCCAUGCAAAGGAGAACAAGUGCAGCAGAAGAAGCUUGCGACGAGAUGCCGUUUAGGCAGUCGAGUUCCCUAUUUCCAGCUGGGCAGUCUUUAAAUCAUCAGUCUGCACAAAAGUGCAGCGUGGGUAAUGCUAGCUCCUCAAAGACACCGUUCCUUGCAAAUACACAACCAAGCUCAAUUCAAAAGGCUCUUCAGUCAACUUUAGCAUUUGCGGCUAAGUUUGACUUGGGAGUUAAGUUUGGAACGUCCAAUGGAUCCACUAACAUUACUUCCUCGAUCAAUCAUUAGGCGGGAAGUUCAAAGGAUAGAUGAAGACUUUUCAACCGUUGUUAUGGUCAGAGGCAGAUCCAGGAUUUUUGAAGUUUAUGGGUUUUUGUAACGACCUCGAGUUAUAUAUUAUACAAUAAUAAUUGGGUUCCCAGUAAACAACUUAUAGAUAUUUAGUCAAUUUUUUAAUACAAAUACAGGAUUUGCACAAAAGCUAUUGGGUUCACGGAACCCAUAACCUUAAAGCUGAAUACGCCCUUGGUUAUGGUAGAACGCCCUGACUCAUAUGAGUUCCCAAUCGUCUCUUUCUUCUUCCAGGCAACAAUGCACUCCGAAACAACUCAUGACUCUUUAGCCUCCUGUUUCGGAUUU